AUGACCAUCGCUGAGACCACCACUGACCAAUGGACUUCCACCAGUGACCAAUGGAGCACCACCAGUCUGGAGACCAUUUCCACCACCCCUGAGACCACCAUGACCGUCCCUGAGACCACCAGACAUGAAACCACCAGUGACCAAUGGACAGCCACCAGUUUGGAGGCCAUUUCCCCCACUACCCCUGACACCACCAUAACCACUCCUGAAACCACCCUCCCCGAGACCUCCAGCACCAUCCCUGGGACCACCACCAGCCAUGAGACUGUUUCUGUCACACCUGGGACCACCACAGUCCCUGACAACACCACGAUCUUCUCUGAGACCACCAGCACCUUCCCUGGGACCACAACCAGAACACCUGGGACAAACACCAGCCCUGAGACAUCAACGUUCCCUGAGACCAUCACGACCCCUGACACCACCAUCACCUUCCCUGAGACCACCAGACCUGAGACAGUUUCUAUGACACCUGGGACCACCACAGUCCCCAGCAUCACCGGCACCAUCCCUGAGACCACCAGUAAGGAGGCCACCAGUGGCCAAUGGACAUCCAUCCCUGAGACCACCAGUGUUGAGACCACAAUUGACCCAUGGAUCACCGCCAGUCAUGAGACCAUUUCUACAGUCCCUGGGACCACCAUGACCAUCGCUGAGACCACUAGUUCUGAGAUCACCACCACAGUCCCUGACACCACCACCACCAUCUCAGAGACCACCACAACCCCUGGCACCACCACAGUCACCCCUGAAACCACCCUACCUGAGACCACCAGCACAAUCCCUGGGACCACCACCAGUCCUGAGACAGUUUCUAUGACACCUGGGACCACCACAGUCCCUGGCACCACCACCACCUUCUCUGAGACCACCAGCACCUUCCCUGGGACCACAACCAGAACACCUGGGACAAACACCAGCCCUGAGACAUCAACGUUCCCUGAGACCACCACGAUCUCUGUCACCACCACGACCUUCCCUGGGACCACCAGUUCUGAGAUCACCACCACCAUCCCUGAGACCACCAGUCCUGAGACCGCCAACACCAUCCCCAGCACCACCAGCUCUGAGACCGUUUCUAUCACACCUGGGACCACCACAGUCCCUGGCACCACCAGCACCUUCUCUGAGAUCACCACCCCUGGGACCAACUCCACCAUCCCUGAGACCACCACCACCAUCCCUGAGACCAACACCAUCCCUGGGACCAACACCUCCACCCCUGAGACCACCACCACCCGUGGGACCAACUCCACCCCUGGGACCAACAUCUCCACCCCUGAGACCACCACCACCCGUGGGACCAACUCCACCCCUGGGACCAACAUCUCCACCCCUGAGACCACCACCACCCGUGGGACCAACUCCACCCCUGGGACCAACAUCUCCACCCCUGAGACCACCACCACCCGUGGGACCAACUCCACCCCUGGGACCAACAUCUCCACCCCUGAGACCACCACCACCCGUGGGACCAACUCCACCCCUGGGACCAACAUCUCCACCCCUGAGACCACCACCACCCGUGGGACCAACUCCACCCCUGGGACCAACAUCUCCACCCCUGAGACCACCACCACCCGUGGGACCAACUCCACCCCUGGGACCAACAUCUCCACCCCUGAGACCACCACCACCCGUGGGACCAACUCCACCCCUGGGACCAACAUCUCCACCCCUGAGACCACCACCACCCGUGGGACCAACUCCACCCCUGGGACCAACAUCUCCACCCCUGAGACCACCACCACCCGUGGGACCAACUCCACCCCUGGGACCAACAUCUCCACCCCUGAGACCACCACCACCCGUGGGACCAACUCCACCCCUGGGACCAACAUCUCCACCCCUGAGACCACCACCACCCGUGGGACCAACUCCACCCCUGGGACCAACAUCUCCACCCCUGAGACCACCACCACCCGUGGGACCAACUCCACCCCUGGGACCAACAUCUCCACCCCUGAGACCACCACCACCCGUGGGACCAACUCCACCCCUGGGACCAACAUCUCCACCCCUGAGACCACCACCACCCGUGGGACCAACUCCACCCCUGGGACCAACAUCUCCACCCCUGAGACCACCACCACCCGUGGGACCAACUCCACCCCUGGGACCAACAUCUCCACCCCUGAGACCACCACCACCCGUGGGACCAACUCCACCCCUGGGACCAACAUCUCCACCCCUGAGACCACCACCACCCGUGGGACCAACUCCACCCCUGGGACCAACAUCUCCACCCCUGAGACCACCACCACCCGUGGGACCAACUCCACCCCUGGGACCAACAUCUCCACCCCUGAGACCACCACCACCCGUGGGACCAACUCCACCCCUGGGACCAACAUCUCCACCCCUGAGACCACCACCACCCGUGGGACCAACUCCACCCCUGGGACCAACAUCUCCACCCCUGAGACCACCACCACCCGUGGGACCAACUCCACCCCUGGGACCAACAUCUCCACCCCUGAGACCACCACCACCCGUGGGACCAACUCCACCCCUGGGACCAACAUCUCCACCCCUGAGACCACCACCACCCGUGGGACCAACUCCACCCCUGGGACCAACAUCUCCACCCCUGAGACCACCACCACCCGUGGGACCAACUCCACCCCUGGGACCAACAUCUCCACCCCUGAGACCACCACCACCCGUGGGACCAACUCCACCCCUGGGACCAACAUCUCCACCCCUGAGACCACCACCACCCGUGGGACCAACUCCACCCCUGGGACCAACAUCUCCACCCCUGAGACCACCACCACCCGUGGGACCAACUCCACCCCUGGGACCAACAUCUCCACCCCUGAGACCACCACCCCCAUCCCCGAGACCAACUCCACCAUCCCUGAGACCACCACCACCAUCCCUGAGACCAACACCAUCCCUGGGACCAACACCUCCACCCCUGAGACCACCACCACCCGUGGGACCAACUCUGGGACCAACACCACCCCUGGGACCAACAUCUCCACCCCUGAGACCACCACCACCAUCCCUGAGACCAACACCAUCCCUGGGACCAACUCCACCAUCCCUGAGACCACCACCACCCCUGGGACCAACACCACCCCUGGGACCAACACCACCCUCCGUAUGACCACCACCUCCAACCAUACAACCACUACCACCACUACCACACCUAGGACCACCCGUAGAACCACCACCAUCACCACCACCAUGACCACCAUGACCACCAUGACCACCACUCCCCACUCCACCACCACUCCAGGAAUCUGCAACAACGGUGGCACCUGGGUCAACGGCCACUGCCAAUGUCCCCUCGGCUUCACCGGGGACAGGUGUGAUGACAUCAGCAACACCAUCGAAACCAAGGCUGAGACCAACGGGACGGUGCAGGUGGUGCUGCACGUCAUCAACCGGGACUUCACCGAGGACCUUAAGAACACCAGCUCAUCCACCUACAUCAAUUUCGUCGAGGAGUUCACCAAGCAGAUGGACGCGGUCUACACCGACAUCGAGGGGUACAAGGGCAUCGAGGUGAACAGUCUCAGGCCUGGCAGCGUGGUGGUGGAUCACACCAUCAUCGUGUCCCUGAGGGUGACCUCCCAGAGCCAGGAGAAGCUCCAGAACAUCACGGCCAAAGUGCAGCGGAGGAUCGAGGUGGCAGCAACGCAAUUCAACUGCACCAACGGUGACCUGUGCUUCAACUCCUCCAACGUGGAGAUCAACAGCACCACGCUGGAAUUCGAUGAAGAUGGGGAGUGGGUGGCCUACUGCUGGAGCCAAGUGCCCGAGGGCUACCAGGAAUUCUUCUUUCCCAACCUGACGAACUCUGGGUUGUCCUGCAUGUCCAACUGCACGCCGGGCACCGCCAGCACCAUCGACUGCAGCCGUGGGACGUGCCACAUCACCCGCGGAGGUCCUCAGUGCUUCUGCGAUGAGACACACCUGUACUGGUACCAAGAUGACCGCUGUACAUCACGGGUCAGCAAACUGGCCGUGGGCCUGGGCUUGGCCGUAGCCAUCCUGGUCAUUGUGGUCAUCGUCCUCUCCAUCUUCCUCUUCCGAGCUCGGAGAUCUGGGUCCUUUGACAGGGCCGAGCAGAAGAUGAUGGAGAAUUGGUACCAGAAUAUCAGUGAGGACUGGAGCCCCCAGGGAAACUUCACCUUCCGGAACGAAGGUGUCCAGCUUGAGGAUGACCAUCCAGUCAACCUUGAGACCGUGGACACGUCGGUGCCGAACCUCACCAUCAUUGUCAUCGUCAUCGUCAUCAAUGUCAUCAGUGUCAUCAAUGUCAGUAUCAUCAUCACGAACAUGAGCAACAUCAAAAUCUUCUUCAUCAUCAUCACCAUCAUUAUUAUCACGAUCGACAUGAUUGCCAUCAUCAUCAUCAUCAUCACAAUUGCCAUCUACAUCAUCAUCACCAUCAUCACCAUCAUCGUCACCAUCAUCCCCAUCACCAACCCCAUGGAACGAGGUCCCCCCCAGCACUGCAGGACAACCUGGACCUUCUCCUGGGGGGGGCACCUUGACCCCCUGCCCUCGUCUUCAUCCUCCUCCUCCUCUUCCUGUAUCCCUCAUCCUCUUCCUGUGAGCACUUUUAGGUGGUGA